CACCGAAAUUAUCGUAGGCUUGCCCACAUAAGGACUGCCUCAGCUCGCUUUCUAUUUCGACUCCUCUCCCACUCUCUCUCUCAUCGCCCUCACUUCUCUCUCUCAAGCGCUCGUAAUCAUAUUCGUGGUCUCGGAUCAAUCGCAGCUGCUCUGCUUGUACAAUUUUGAUGCCAUCAUGGCUCCUAUGAAGGGCAUCCUUUCUCUACAAAAGACUGCUUUUGUCCAGCGCUCCAGUGAGAAUUUGGGCCUCGUGCGUAGAUUACUUAGCACACAGGCUGCUACAACUUCUGCCACGCCACAGCCUCCGCCCCCUCCGCCCCCUCCAGAGAAGACCCACUUUGGCGGCCUGAAAGAUGAGGAUCGCAUAUUCACUAACGUAUAUGGUUUGCAUGAUCCGUUCCUGAAAGGUGCAAUGAAACGUGGAGACUGGUACAGGACAAAAGAUUUAGUUGUUAAAGGAGCUGAUUGGAUUGUCAAUGAAAUGAAGAAAUCGGGUCUAAGAGGCCGUGGUGGUGCUGGAUUUCCCUCUGGGCUUAAAUGGUCCUUUAUGCCAAAGGCAUCUGAUGGCCGCCCUUCCUAUCUUGUUGUUAAUGCUGAUGAAAGUGAACCUGGAACAUGUAAAGAUAGAGAAAUUAUGCGACAUGAUCCUCAUAAACUGCUAGAAGGUUGUUUAAUUGCGGGAGUUGGGAUGAGGGCUAGUGCUGCAUAUAUUUAUAUUCGUGGCGAGUAUGUGAAUGAAAGGCUGAAUCUUGAGAAAGCCAGGAAAGAAGCUUAUGCAGCUGGAUUGUUGGGAAAGAAUGCAUGUGGAUCAGGUUAUGAUUUUGAUGUGCAUAUCCACUUUGGUGCUGGAGCUUAUAUAUGUGGUGAAGAGACAGCUCUUUUAGAGAGCCUUGAGGGUAAGCAAGGAAAGCCCAGGUUGAAGCCUCCUUUUCCAGCCAAUGCUGGGCUAUACGGUUGCCCCACAACUGUUACAAACGUUGAAACAGUGGCUGUUUCACCCACCAUUUUGAGGCGGGGCCCGGAGUGGUUUGCUAGUUUUGGCAGGAAAAACAAUUCUGGAACAAAACUUUUCUGCAUCUCAGGGCAUGUAAACAAGCCUUGUACUGUUGAAGAGGAGAUGAGUAUUCCAUUGAAAGAGCUUCUAGAGAGACACUGUGGUGGUGUUCGUGGUGGAUGGGACAAUUUACUUGCUGUUAUUCCAGGCGGUUCAUCGGUUCCGCUGAUUCCCAAGCACUUAUGUGAGGAUGUGCUCAUGGAUUUUGAUGCACUUAAAGCCGUUCAGUCAGGGUUGGGAACUGCUGCUGUCAUUGUGAUGGACAAAUCCACUGAUGUUGUUGAUGCUAUUGCUAGACUCUCUUACUUCUACAAGCAUGAGAGUUGCGGCCAGUGUACACCUUGCAGAGAAGGUACUGGAUGGCUCUGGAUGAUUAUGGAGAGAAUGAAGGUAGGAAACGCAAAGCUGGAGGAGAUUGACAUGCUCCAGGAAGUGACCAAGCAGAUUGAAGGGCACACCAUUUGUGCGUUGGGUGAUGCUGCUGCUUGGCCAGUUCAGGGACUUAUUAGGCACUUCAGGCCAGAAAUGGAAAGGAGGAUCAAGGAGAGAGCCGACAGAGAGUUACAACAGGCUGCUGCUGCUUGAUCUCUAUGAAGGUUGGUGCCAUAACAAAAAGUUGCAUGCCUAUUUGUGUACUGUGAUAUGUGUGGCAGUGUGAAGUGUUGUUAAAAUUGACCUAGGUGGAACAUAGCCGCCUCAACAUUAGAAUAGUUUCUGAAUCUCACAAACUAGGAAUUUCACAUACAUGUUUACAUUGAUCUACUUCAAUGCACCUUAUCACAGAUUAGGAAUUUCACAGAAAUGUUUACAUUGAUGAUUAUCACAGACCAAUCUAUUUCAAUGCACCUUAUCCUGAAGUCUUUCCUGGCUUAGGUGCUUUGCACUUUCUGAUGUUGCAAUACACCCUAGAAUAGUAGAAGAGUAGUUGAUGUUUCCACAGCUUAGACAGUGCCAAUCACCUUCACAAAAUCCAAGUCACCUUCACGAUGCCGAAUAAUAUUCCUUAGUUCUAUUCUUGAAUCUGAACUUUGAUGCUUAUGAUCUUCAUGAUUUCGCGAACAAGCUAUCCUGUUAUCUUAAAACGAACUUGAAGUUUUUAUGUAACAUAUUUUCUGGUUCUGCAGGGAUCACAUUUGCUGUUAGAUUACAUCGAAUAAGCUCUUAGAAGAUUUCAGAAUUUGAUCAAUCCUUCCAGCUAUAUUCAACUUUUGAUGGUUGUAUCGUAUAUGACUGCAUCGAAAUUCUACUUUUAUAUGUUUUAAGUUCUUCUUUGAAGGAUUAGGCUUAAGCAUGUUACUUGAAGUUUCAUUCUAUCUGGAUUUUUAUUGGUUGAAGAACCUUUCAAACAUUUUGUCUGUGUGUAAUUUUGGCAAUAAUUUUGGAAGGCAUAUGUUAAUGUCUUUUAUACUCAAAAAUAUUGAUUUGCUCAAA